AUGAUUCGAUUGCUACUUUUGGCCGUUGUCGGCUCGAUAUUGGCCGAUGAAACAUCGACAGCCAAAGAGGUCAACUACAGGAAAUAUAUCGGUGAACAAGACUAUAAAGUUCCCUUCAAAACCCGAGUCUCCGAGGAGUUCAAAGUCGGGCAAACGAUUCACACGAUUGGAACGCUGAAAGAGGAACCAAAGAGAGUCGACUUCAACUUCCAUAAAGGCGCCGAAAAGGAUGUUGACAUGCCACUUCAUUUCUCCAUUCGUUUCGAAGAGGCCGGUCUUUUCAAUAGCGGGAAAUUCGUGUACAACACGUUCAAGGACGGGAAUUGGAGUGAAAACGAGCAGAGAAUCUCGAAUCCGUUUAAGCCUGGCCAGGAAUUCGAUCUCCGUGUUCGCGUUCUUGAUGGCAAAUAUCAAGUUUUUGCCAAUCGAAUCGACGUUGGAUUCUUCGAGCAGAGACAAUCACUCAAAGGAAUUGAUCACGUUUCAAUCCGUGGAGACAUCUCGAAACUUCGUCUUUUCCAUUACGGUGGCCGAAUCUUCCCCAAUCCCUACACAGCGAUCGCUGAGUUAAAGCCAGGAAAGAGAUUGGAUAUCUCGGGUCUUCCAACUGGUAAGCGUAUCAAUGUGAAUCUCUACCGCGAGAACAAGGAAUUCGCUCUUCAGGUUUCAAUCCGUUUCAAUGAAGGAGCCAUCGUUCGCAAUGCGAUGACGAACAAUGUUUGGGGAAAAGAAGAAAGAGAAGGAGCGAUGCCGAUCGAAAAAAAUCAAGUCUUUGAUUUGACCAUCAUCAACGAGGAGUUCUCCUUCCAAAUCUUCGUCAACGGAAAGCGAUUCGCCACUUUCGCUCAUCGCGGAUCCCCGUCCGAUGUGCGCACUUUGGAGAUCGAUGGAGAGAUUGAGUUGCACACCGUCACCAUCAACGACGCUCCGGGCGUU